AUGCAAGGCGAUCAACGCUUUCUUGACGACACAAAACCCAUUCAAAACUUUUGUCGAAUCGAUUUCGAUUUACCCCAACAUAUGGAAGAAGAUGUAGACGAUUAUAAAUGUUUCUACAAUCAGAUUCCUAUUGUGCAAACGCCUGCCGGUCUCACGCAAAGCCUCGAUCUCAGUGAAUCUCAAUCUGAGUGGAAUGACGAUGACACUGGCUAUUCAACUGAUUCCACUGAUCCAAAAACUGUCACCGCGCCAACGAUGCUCAAUAUUCUGCCGCGUCCUGAUUCUCUUGGCUUAGUGAAACUUGGGCCUAAACAAAAACGUGGAAUCAUUCCGAAACCGAUCUAUGUGAGCACUCCAUCAGAUAUUCCUGGUACAUCACGGAUUCGUACUCCGCUAGCGGUGGCGGUGGCGAGCCCGGUUUUAAAGACGCCAAUCGGCAAGGCUCUAGCCAGCACACCAUUGCCACCAAAAACUCAAUUGAUUGCAAAACCGAAUGCCAUUUGCGCGCAACGAUCUGUUGCUUUACUACGAUUUAAACGUUCACGUACACGAAAAUUUUUCCAUCCAUAUGCUCAGGAGAUCGGUGCAAUUCAAGCGUUAAAAGAAGUGGCCUCAUCUCCAGAUGAAGUGGCGGCAAAGUUCGCUUCAGAGGCGCUGACAGUGAUUGGCGAGGAGUUGCCUUACAAACUUGCUCAACAAGUCCCUUGUUGGACAACAGCUGAUGUGCAAUACUGGGUUCGAAAGAUUGGUUUCGAGCAAUAUGCUGAUUUCUUUCGAGAGAAUAUGGUUGACGGGGAUUUACUUUUACAUUUGAGUGAAAGAGAUCUCGAAAUGGAUUUGAAAAUUCAAUCAGGAAUCCUCAGAAAACGCUUUAUGAGAGAAUUGGAAAGCUUAAAGAUCGCUGCCGAUUACAGCUCUGUUGAUGACUCUCAACUUGAUCAAUUUUUAAUGUCGCUCAGCCCUGAGCUUUCCGUUUACACCUAUCAAAUGCUUUCCUCUGGAAUCAGUCGUCCAUUGUUGCCGAAUUUGACAGAGGAGAUGAUGCAAAAUGCUUGUGGAAUUACGAAUCCAAUUCAUCGACUUAAACUCAAGAACGCUUUUCAAAAUGCAAAACACAUUGAUGAUAUUGAAAUCGCAAUUCUUCGACAACAAAUUGAUGUGUUUAUUUCAUACCGUCGCAGCACUGGAAAUCAAUUAGCUUCUUUGAUUAAAGUAUUGCUUCAACUUCGUGGAUAUAAGGUGUUUAUCGAUGUUGAUAAGCUAUAUGCUGGAAAAUUCGACUCAUCUUUACUGAAGAACAUCCAAGCUGCAAAGCAUUUCAUCCUCGUUCUCACUCCACACUCUCUCGAUCGUUUAUUGAACGAUCACAACUGUGAGGAUUGGAUUCACAAAGAACUUCGUUGUGCACUUGAUCAUCAAAAGAAUAUCAUCCCAGUGUUCGAUCAACACUUCGAGUUCCCGACAAAUGACUCAGAGAUUCCAUCUGAUAUUCGAAUGAUUACAAAAUACAAUGGAGUUCGCUGGGUGCACGAUUAUCAAGAGGCUUGCAUGGACAAAGUCGAAAAGUUCAUCAAGGGCGAGCUCAAUCGGCAACCAUCUAUCAAUCAGCCACUCACCACCGCCACGACAACAGCGCGCAAGCCAACUCGCUGGAAUAGUGGCGCGGUUCGUCAGCCGAGCACUGGCUCUCAUCGCUCUCUUGCACGUCUUGACGCUCCCCCAACUCCUAGCUUCGGAGGAUCAAUUGAAAAACAACGACGAAAGGCUUAUCAUACUUCUGUGAGUACAGUGAAUGGGACUCAU